UAGAACUGAGGAAAGGUCAGGGAGCGGCAGCGCGCGAACCCUGAACGCAUUUUCACGUCCACGCGCUCAUUCCUCACGGCCCGGUGAGGGCUUCUUACAAAGGUUUGGGAUAAGCCACAGCAAACCCCCAUCUCACCUCUCCUAACUCGGGACACUGUGUGUGUGGGUUACGGGACUUUUUGCCGCGGAGGUUUUGAAUCCAGCCGGUUUGCUCAUCUUACCUGUCCCAUCCGUUCCCGGUCCUCGGCGCGUCGUGUCCGGCCAGCAGCGUCCCCAGUUUAAUCCAGUUCCAGUUGAGUCCAGCUGUGAUCAGCCCGUCGGUUAGAUCGGUAUCAUCAGGAUGAAGAUGAGGCAGCUCAGAGCACCGUGUGGAUUCGUUCUGCUGACCCUGGCUGUCCUCGCCGCCGCCAGACCAAAAGCAGGUCCUGAGCAGAAAUGUAAGUCUGGUCCAGUGGACCUGGUCUUCCUCAUCGACAGCUCCCGCAGCGUUAGGCCACACGAGUUUGAGACCAUGAGGAAGUUCAUGAUCGACAUCCUCGACACCCUGGAUAUCGGACCCAACGCCACCAGAGUGGGAGUGGUUCAGUACUCCAGCCAGGUCCGCAGCGAGUUUUCUCUGAAGACACACAGCAAGCUGGACUCCAUGGUGAAAAACAUCAAUCAGAUCAUUCCCCUCGCUCAAGGCACCAUGACUGGGCUCGCCAUCAAGUACGUGAUGAAUGCGGCCUUCACUGCAGAGGAGGGGGACAGGCCAAAGGUCCCCAACGUGGCUGUGAUCGUGACGGAUGGACGUCCUCAGGACCGCGUGGCGGAGGUGGCAGCUGAGGCCAGAGAGAAAGGCAUCGAGAUCUACGCCGUGGGGGUGGCGAGGGCCGAUAUGACAUCACUGAGAGCCAUGGCAUCCCCGCCAUUCGAAGACCACGUCUUCCUGGUGGAGUCAUUCGAUCUAAUCCACCAGUUUGGACUGCAGUUCCAGGACAAGCUCUGUGGUGUGGAUCUGUGUCUGGAGUCGGAUCACGGCUGUGAGCACAUCUGUGAGAGCUCUCCGGGCUCCUACCACUGCCUCUGUCUGCCCGGAUACACACUGAAUGACGACGGGAAAACAUGUGCAGCCAUUGACCUGUGUGCUGAGGGGAAACACGACUGUGAACAAAUCUGCGUCAGCUCUCCUGGUUCCUUCACCUGCGACUGCAACAAAGGAUACAAACUGAAUGACGACAAGAAGACGUGCUCGAUGAUCGACUACUGUUCGUUUGGGAACCACAGUUGUGAUCACGAGUGUGUGAGUGUGCUAAACGGCUAUCACUGCCGCUGUAACGAGGGAUACAGGCUGCUGGACGAUGGCAAGACCUGCCAGGCCAUUGACCUGUGCGCUGAGGGGAAACAUGACUGUGAACAAAUCUGUGUCAGUGCACCGGGCGUCUUCACCUGCGACUGCAACGAAGGAUACACACUCAAUGAGGACGAGAAGACCUGCACACCCAUUGACCUGUGUGCCGAGGGAAAGCAUGACUGCGAACAAAUCUGUAUCAGCGCACCAGGCGUCUUCACCUGCGACUGCAACAAAGGAUUCAAACUCAACAAAGACAAGAAGACCUGCACAAACAUGGACCUUUGUAACACAGUGGAACAUGGCUGUGAGCACCAGUGUGUGAGCACUCCAGGAUCCUACUACUGCAUCUGUCCAGAAGGACAGCUGCUGCAGGAGGACGGCAAGAGCUGCGGCACCUGCAAGUCCGCCAACAUUGACCUGGUGCUUCUGAUCGACGGCUCCAAGAGCGUCCGUCCUCAGAACUUCGAGCUGGUUAAAAAGUUUGUGAACCAGGUGGUGGACUCUCUGGACGUGUCUGCUCACGGCACCAGAGUUGGUCUGGUCCAGUACUCCAGCAGGGUCAGGACAGAGUUCCCUCUCAACAUGUACCACUCUGCUGAUGAGAUCAAAGCUGCAGUCAUGAAGGUUGAAUACAUGGAGAAAGGCACCAUGACCGGCCUGGCCCUGAAACACAUGCUGGAGAACAGUUUCUCAGAGGCAGAGGGCGCUCGUCCUUCCAGCCGCAACAUCCCCCGAGUCGGACUGGUCUUCACCGACGGACGCUCCCAGGACGACAUCACUGAAUACGCCAAGAAGGCCAAAGAAGCCGGGAUCACCAUGUAUGCUGUGGGCGUCGGGAAAGCUGUAGAAGAUGAGCUCCGUGAGAUCGCAUCUGAGCCUGUGGAGAAACAUUUCUACUACACCACUGACUUCACUGCCAUCAGCACCAUCGCUGAGAACCUCAAGCUCAACGUCUGCCCAGAGGAGAGUCAGGGGGAGAUCGAGGUGAAGGACCCAUGUGCCUGUGAGAACCUGGUGGAGUUUCAGCAGGCCACCAUGAGCAGCCUGGAGCAGCUCACACAGAAACUGGCUGGGAUGACCGCUCGUCUGGAGCAGCUGGAGAACCAGCUUCUCUCCAGGAAGUGAUCUGUUCAUCACAGAGAGAGCGAACAGGACGCCACAGAGGAAGAAUAAUGGAACGAGGAGGAGGAGGGCACAUCCUGAAAGACCGUUUACAGAGGAAAUCAGAAACCCUUCUAAUCAGUGGACAAUCAAAGCGUCUUUUCACCGAGCCUUCGUAGGCUUCACUAGAUCUGUUGAUCUUCACGUUAAUGAAGACGACAUUUAUCUGAAAGCUUGUGAUAUAGAUUCAUAUUUCUGAUAUAGAUGUAAAUUACCUGAUUUGUACACUUUGUUUUUUUAAAAAAAGGAAAACACAACAACAACACUACAUCCAUUUUCACUCCUGUCACUGUGACGAAAAACAAACGCUUCAUAAAACAGAAAAACAUUAAAUUUUAAAGCCUCCCCGGGACCUCUGGGUUUCUGAGAGCGUAAACCUGCAGUUUUCAUGUGUCGACAGAGCGACAGAACUGACGAUACAUUUAAAAGAAUGUAAAACGUGUUAUUCACCUGGUCCACGUGACAGAUGUCAUCGCACCUCAUCUGUGCGGUCAGACGCACAAACACUGUCGACGUGUUGGUACCUUUGUAAACCCGAUGUAAUCAAACAGAGUUCGUUCACAGUCACUCAACAUUCGUCUGUUUCUCUUAGAGCUCUAUUUAUACUUGAUCUGUUUUGUACGGUUUGUUAAAUAUGAUGUAUUUAUAGCAGGGUCUUUUUUUUAUCAACAGUAGAGUAGCAAAUAAAAAAAAGCUGCAGAGGAGAGAACAGGAGUUAGUAAAAUGAAGUGUUGUUACCACUCCCGACAUUAAAUGGUCCUGGGUCAUAUUCAGACAAAGUCAUCACUGGUUUUCUAAUCGCAGGCCUCACUGGGGAGAACUGCUGAAGAGGAAACAGGUGCAGAGUUAGAUUAGAGAAGUCAGUGUCACUAUUCAGUAAAGCUGUGGUCUGUUGUUGACUGAGGCGUUCAUGAGAGGAACCGAUAGCAUUUUACUCUGAAUAAAAACGAGUGUUUCCUCUCUACACAAAGGUCGAAAGCAUGUGUGAAGAGGGAAAUAACAGAGGAAAGGAAUUUCUCUGACCCGUGGACAUUCAAAUGAUUCUCAUCAAAUCUGUUCGUCAUUUGUUCUGUAUCAUCGUCGGCCUUAAGAAGCUUCACUGGGCGCUGUAUGUAAAUUUAUAUGACCAGCUCAACUAUGGUAGAUUUUCUAACUCUUUCAGUUUUGUAUAAAAAAAAAAAAACACCUCAGCUUUAUACUCCUUUAUAUCUGAAUACCUGUAUGUUUUGUAUAUUUUCCAGUAGCUUUACCUUUUAUAUUUUUCUGAUGAAUCCCUGUAUUACAGCACAGAGGGCAAUAAAAGAGCGAGCUUUUCA